AUGAGGAGGUUGCUUUGGUAUUAUAGGAGGUCGUUACCUGAGAUGGGCGACCAGAGCCCAAAGGCAAAAAGGACAUGGGAAAUUUACAACAUACUAGGUGAACAUGAGGCAAAGAUGCAACAACUUGAAGUAGAGGGCAAGUUACCAAAAGCGACACCAAAGAAGAAGAGAAGAGUAGAACAAAGUGAAAGUAGUGAAGAAGUAACUUCAUCUAGUGAAAGUAGUGGCAAUGAAGGAAAAAGAAGAGCUAAAGAUUCAGUUAAAAACUCAGUCAGGAAGAAAGUAAAGCUUGGUCCGAGUGGGUUUUAUUAUGACAUAUAA